AUGGCGACAACGACAUCUCUCCUCACAUCACUUAACUGCAAGGGCAACACACAUCUCAUUAUCGGCACAAACCCCCUCGCCGCAGCCCGCUGCACACAAACCAUCAACGCUGGCGCAACCCCGAUCCUCAUCGCCCCAGACACACAAGACCUCCACUACGGCCUCCAGAAGCGCAUCGACGCCGGUGAGGUGACAUGGCACAGGAAAGCCUUUGCCGACACAGACCUCUUCACUCUAGGUCGCGACGAGGUUGAUAAUGUCGUUGAUGCCGUCUUCGUCACAUCUUCUUCCUCCCCGCAAGCAGCUCAGAUCUCAGCGCUGUGUAGACGGCAUCGUAUUCCCAUUAACGUAGUCGACGCGCCGCACCUCUGCUCAUUCUCACUUCUAUCGACACAUACCGAUGGGCCUCUACAAAUCGGUGUCACGACAAACGGGCGCGGCUGCAAGCUCGCCUCCCGCAUCCGGCGCGAAGUCGCCGCUGCGCUUCCCCGGGAUCUAGGUGCCGCCUGCGCGAGGCUAGGCGAUGUACGCCGGCGAAUCCAGACUGAAGACCGUCUCGCGGCAGACGAAGUCGACGAUUCGUUCGACCAGACCGCAUCAUUCAACAAGCUCGUCACUGCGGCCGAUCUCGAUGCGGCGAAGAACCGGCGCAUGAGGUGGCUGAGUCAGGUAUGCGAGUACUGGCCCCUGAAGCGUCUUGCCGCCAUCAACGAUGAGGACGUUGAGUCUGUACUGAAGUCGUAUUCUGGCUUCGGCAACCCAUCAGAGGAGGCGAGACCACCACCGGUCAUCGCAGCAGGUGGCGCAGCACGCCCGCAGCAACAAGGGAGAAUCAUCCUCGCAGGCAGUGGCCCAGGACACCCAGACCUCCUGACCCGUGCAACCCACAAGGCGAUCCAGACAGCAGACCUCAUCCUCGCAGACAAACUCGUCCCCGCGGGCGUGCUAGAUCUCAUUCCGCGCCGUACUCCCGUCAAGAUUGCGCGCAAGUUCCCAGGCAACGCAGACCAAGCCCAAGAAGAACUCCACGAGCUCGCGCUGGCGGGCGCAAAGGAGGGCAAGACGGUGUUGAGGCUAAAGCAAGGCGAUCCCUUCAUCUACGGCCGCGGAGGAGAGGAGGUGGCGUAUUUCAGAGAGCACGGGUUCGGGGAGCGGGUGACGGUGCUGCCGGGCAUCACAUCGUCGUUGAGCGCGCCUUUGUUUGCGGGAAUUCCGCCUACGCAGAGAGAUGUCGCGGAUCAGGUCCUUGUGUGUACCGGCACAGGGAAGAAGGGCAAGGCGCCGACGCCGCCAGAGUAUAUCCCCAGUCGUACGGUUGUGUUUUUGAUGGCUUUGCAUCGGAUUACGGGAUUGGUUGGGGAGUUGACGACUCACCUCGACUCGGAAGUUGCUGCGCGCGAAGGGGAGGAGAAGAGCACACCGAAGAGGGCGCUGUGGCCGAGGGAUACGCCGUGUGCUGUUAUUGAGCGGGCGAGUUGCCCUGAUCAGAGGGUGAUUCGGACGACGUUGGGGUAUGUUGCUGAAGCCAUUGAGGCUGAGGGGAGCAGGCCGCCUGGGCUUCUUGUUGUGGGUAGAGCAUGUGAGGCGUUGUAUGAGCGAGAGAAGGGAAGGGCGUGGGCUGUUGAGGAUGGAUUCAAGGGAUUUGAUUUUGAGGAGCUUUCUGGCUUGUCAUGA